AUGGCGGGCUCGGAGUCUCGGCGGAUGAUUCCUUGGCUGUACGACCUGGUGCUGUGGCUUUUUACUUGGGCGUUAGAUCUCUUUUUCAGAGAAAUUUACCCUCGUGGUGCCUGGAGAAUUCCUGAGAGAGGACCAGUACUAAUCGUAGCUGCCCCUCAUGCUAAUCAGUUCGUCGACUCGGCUGUAUUGAUGUACCUGCUGAAGUCGCAGGCUAAGCGUCGCGUGUCCUUUCUCAUUGCUCAAAAAUCUAUGAAUGAGCCCUAUAUUGGGGUUUUAGCACAAUGUAUGGGAUCACUUCCUGUUGUCCGCUCUAUGGACCUGGCUAAGACAGGCAAGGGGACUGUCUACUUACCCGAGCCAGAAACUGAUCCUGCUUUGGUUAAUGGCAUCAACACUGAUUUCACCCAACCUGAGUUCAUGCCCAGUGGAUCGAUCACUGUCAAAGGUCCAGUUGGCCCUCAAACAGCCUCUAUUGAAGAAGUCAUUAGUGCCACUUCUCUUCGGCUUAAAAAGCCAUUUGACUCCCCGCUACCUGAUGACCCUGGUCGUAAAGGCACACCCUUCAAGGUUGCUCCUCACGUUGAUCAAAGUCGGAUGUUUGACGCUGUCUACAAAGACCUUUCUAACGGAGGUUGCAUUGGUAUCUUCCCUGAAGGUGGUAGUCACGACCGCUCCAAUUUGUUGCCGCUGAAAGCUGGUGCUGCCUUGAUUGCACUAGGGGCUCUGGCCCGGGAUCCUGACUGCGGUCUGUCUAUCAUUCCCUGUGGUAUGAACUACUUCCAUGCGCACAAGUUCCGUUCACGUGCUGUGAUUGAAUUUGGACGGCCGAUUCAUGUCCACCCCGAUCAAGUCGAAGCCUUCGAACAGGGUGGAAACAGCAAACGAAACGCCGUGGGAUCUCUUCUCGAAACUAUCUACGAAGGUCUUGAGUCUGUCACUCAGAUUAGUCCGGAUCAUGGGACACUCAUUAUGGUUCAGUCUACCAGGAAACUUUACAACCCCAUCAGCAAGAAGAUCCCACUGCCACUUGUUAUUGAAUUUAACCGUCGGCUGCUGAAAGGUUUUACGCGCCAUCGUGAUGAUCCACGAGUAAAAGCUCUUAAACAAGCGGUGAGAGACUACAACAGACGCCUCGAUGCACUUGGAAUCAAGGACCACCAGGUAGAGUGGGGUAACUUCGAGGAGAAGCCAUGGCUGCUCACACUUGUUACUUUGUUCUAUCGGCUUUCCAAGCUUCUUGUCUUGAGUGUUGGAACAUUGCCCGGCGUUAUCCUAUUCUGGCCUGUAUUCGUCACAACAAAAGUAAUCUCCGAGAAGAAGAGACGAAAGGCUCUCGCAGCUUCAAUUGUCAAACUUCAAGGGCGGGAUGUCGUCAGUUCAUGGAAAAUUCUUGUCGCCAUGGCCUUGGCCCCAACCCUCUAUACUUACUAUACCAUCAUUGUCACUGCCUGGCUCCGCUACAACCGCCUUGAUGGCUACUACUCGCAUUCUGUCCCCUGGUGGAUAGUAGCGAGAACUUAUGUCCCUGACUGGGUGCCACUCUGGCUGUUUGCCGUGAGCUUCUUUACACACAUGAUUUUUGUAAGCUAUGCAGCACUUCGAUUUGGUGAAGUAGGAAUGGAUAUCUUGAAGUCUAUCGCCCCGCUUUUCGUGGCCCUGAACCCACUCUCCUCUUCAUCUUUGGUUGAUUUGAGGUCGCAUCGGGAGGCGCUUUCUGAUCUGGUCACCGAAACCAUCAACGAGCUUGGAUUUGGCAUUAUGCCUGAUGUUGAUGCCGAGAUCCCCUCUGAUCAAUACAAGCCCGAUGCUUAUCAGUCCAAGCUCAAAAGCAUGCCGCCUAGUGAACCUGAAAGUCGGGAUGGUAGUCGUAGCAGGUCGAACUCGAAUGGACCUGCUUCUGGCUUGAAAGCCCUGAGCUCGAUUAACUCAGAAGGUGACUUGGAAGAAGUUGACCGAAAGAUUUCCCAGAAUCUAAAGGGGCGAGGUCGAAGACGACGCUCCACGGUCAACGGAUUUGAGACUGGCGAGUCGAUCUUGAAAUACAGAUCGCCCUCUGAACAGGAAGAAGAUAAGAAGAAGAAGUAG